CAUGAACAUUGGAAUUCCAUGCUUUUCAGGGUUAUUACCUAAGACAGUUAGCUCUAUCCGAUAGAUAUCUAACUUCACAUGACAUUUACACUUGCAAUUUAGCAUUUCGUACUCUUUUCAGUAUGCAAUGAGUAAGGCCUUAGAGCUACGACCUCGUAGAAAUGAAAACUCGGGAAACAGCGGAAAGAUUUCUGGGAUGGAUCAAGACGAGGUGCACCCGGAAGACAGCAGGGUGGAACUUGUAGCUUCAACUGGAGACAUAACCCUACAAAACGACAUCCGCUCAUCACUAUCGCCUUCACCGUCCCCUCCACUUUUCAACGAAAGAAACGAUGGUCUCCGCGGCUACUUCGAGACCGCCCACUGGACAGCAGACGGAACCACGAUCCUCACAUCCUCCUCCUCUAACCUAAUAUCCGGGUACAUCGUGCCCGAAGACCUCCUUUCCCCUAGCGCCAAACAUCCCCUCCCCCUAACCCCCCAAGCCAGCAUCCAACUCCCAGAACCCAGCGCCGUCCUCUCCAGCGCGCCAUACUUCCACCUCUCCUCACCAUGGACCCAACAACUCCUCGUCUCCGCUCGCGACCACCCCAUCCAACUAUUAUACCUCUCCCCCUCCGCCUCCUCCCACACCCCGGCAUCCGCAGCCUACCCCCUAACCAAGCAGCGCUCAGAAACCUUCCUAACCGCCACAUCCCUCGUCUGGCCUAACCCGGGAACCCACUUCAUAGCCGGCACGCGCUCCCUCCUCGCCAAAUACGACCUGAGCCGGCCGAACUCCGAGCCCGUUCUCCGCGUCAAAACCAUCCCCUCGGAGCGGCACCUCUCCAAGGGCAACGGCAUCGGCAUGCGCGGCGCCAUCUCCAGCCUCGCCGCCCAGCCCCCCGACGCCAGUAACGCGAGCCUCGUCGCGGCGGGAACAUGGACGCGCUGGGUCGGGCUCUACGACUUCGCCGGCGCGGACGGGUCGUGCGCCGCGACCUGGAGCGUCGGGCGCGCCGCAGAUAGUAGCGAUGGCGAGGAUGGGGCUAGCAUCGGCGGCGACGGCGUAAUGCAAACCCUCUGGAGUCCGUGCGGUCGGUACCUACUCGUAUCCGAGCGCAAGGCCGCGGGGAUCCUCGUCUAUGACGUGCGCGUGACGGGCAAGUUAUUGGGCUGGCUGGCGGGCCGCGAGGCCCGCUCCAACCAGCGCAUGACGGCCGACGCGUUCCCGGGUGGUGGUGGGCGCGCCGGGUUCGAGGUCUGGGCCGGCACGACGGGGGGCGCGGUGAAGGUGUGGGAGGGUGUGGGGGGUCGCGAGGGCGCGCACGAGCCGGCUUGGGGCUGGGAAGCGGCGAGGCGGUCGACGGUGGGGAGCGCGUGCGUGCAUCUGAGCGGGGCUGUUGUGGCGACUUGUUCUGGGGCUUGGGAGUUCCCUGAUGAUGAUGAUGAUGAUGAUGAUGAUGAUAAGGAGGAGGAGGAUGGGUCGCUGUCGCGGAGUGGGAGGAGUAGCGCUGAUAGUGGUAGUGAUGUUUCCGGGGCUGAGGCGCCUUGGAUGCGAAGACGGAAUAAGGAGAGUUGUUUGAAGAUAUGGAGUAUAUCGAACAACGAGCAAGAUGAGGAGGACGAGGAAUCGCAGAGACGGGAACAGGACGAGGUUGAACAAUAACAUCCGUUAUGGGGUGUAAACUGACUCUACGCGACAACUCGGCUGAAAAUAUUUAUCGGUCAAAUCUCUCUGGAAGCCUUGGUGGUCUACUUUGGCUUCUAGAAUAUCGCACAAUGGUGAGCUGUUGGUCUAUGGAGCUAUCU